AUGAAGAGAAGACGAGGGGAUUUGUCCGUGCGAGGAGUUGAGAAACGUGGAAGCGACACGCCCAACCGUAAGCGACUAACCGUUGCCAUUGCGGCGACUGUGCUGCUGGUUAGCCGGUUGGAUCGCGAUGCGGGGACUCCCCGCUUGCGUGGCGCCGAGAGAGUGAUCAGAGCCCUACGCUCCCAUGUGAAACCACCCGAGAAUACGGUGAACGGCACGGAUGCGAGUGCUGCGUCGAAUGAGCGUUUGCAAAUCGUCGAGAUGAUGCGGCACGCUUGGAACAACUACAAGCUGUACGCGUGGGGCAAGAACGAGCUGAAGCCGAUCUCGAAGCGGGCGCACCUGUCCAGCGUGUUCGGGGCGGGCGACCUGGGCGCCACCAUUGUCGACGGCCUGGACACCUUGUAUCUGAUGGGGCUGAUGGACGAGUUCCGCGAGGGCCGCGACUGGGUGGCCGAGCACUUGCACUUCCGCGAUAUCGACUCGGACCUGUCCGUCUUCGAGACCACGAUCAGGUUCGUGGGCGGUCUGCUCUCGUGCUACGCGCUCACCGGUGACACCGUGUUCAGGGACAAGGCGGCCGAGGUGGCGGACGCUCUUCUGCCUGCCUUCGAUACCCCCACCGGCCUGCCCUUCUCCUUGAUCAACCCCUCCACCAAGGCGAGCCGCCAGUACCACUGGGCCGGGCCGAACAGCAUCCUCUCGGAAAUAGGCACCCUGCACCUGGAGUUCACCUACCUCAGCGACGUGACCGGCAAGGAUGUGUACAAGAAGAAAGUGGACCGGAUCCGCGAAGUUCUGAACACCAUCGAGAAACCCGGGGACCUUUAUCCCAACUUCAUCAACCCGCGAACAGGACAGUGGGGGCAGAGGCACAUGUCGCUCGGCGCGCUCGGGGACUCGUUCUACGAGUACCUGCUGAAGGCGUGGCUCGUCUCCGGCAAGGGGGACGCGCAGGCGCGCGAGAUGUUCGACGCGGCGAUGCACGCGGCGCUCGACAAGAUGCUGCGCGUCUCGCCCAACGGGCUCACCUAUCUCGCCGAGCUCAAGUACGGCCGGAUACUGGACGACAAGAUGGACCACCUCUCCUGCUUCGCCGGUGGUAUGUUCGCUUUGGCGUCCACGACGCUGGACAACGCCGUGUCCGAGCGGUACAUGGACGUGGCGCGGCGGCUCACGAACACAUGCCACGAGAGCUACGUGCGCUCAGAGACCAAGCUGGGCCCGGAGGCCUUCAAGUUCUCCGGCGCCGUGGAGGCGCGCGCCCAGAAGAGCAACGAGAAGGUGUACCUGCUGCGGCCGGAGACCUUCGAGAGCUACUUCAUCAUGUGGCGGCUGACCAAGGAGCAGAAGUACCGCGACUGGGGCUGGGAAGCGGUGCAGGCCCUGGAGAAACAUUGCCGAGUGCAGGGCGGCUACACGGGCUUGGUCAAUGUCUACCACAAGAAGCCCCAGGGUGAUGAUGUGCAGCAGAGCUUCUUCCUCGCCGAGACGCUCAAGUACCUUUACCUGCUGUUCUCGGACGACUCGCUGUUGCCCCUGGACGAGUGGGUGUUCAACACGGAGGCGCACCCCUUCCCCGUCAAGGGCAAAAACCCCCUGUACCGGGCCGCCGAGAAGCCAGCGGAAACCAAAGAGAACCGCGUC